UUUUUCUUCUGUUUACUGCUGUAAUUUUCCCCGGCUCCGGUCACAGACUGUGAAGGACAGAACGCUGGAAAAGUUCUGGUUUGAUUGAAAAGGUGGCGUGUUUUUUUUUUGCAGACUGACUGUCAGCGCAUUAAUAAACAAGAUGAGGUUUCUUUUUAAAUUAAGAGCUGCCGGCGAGUGUCGCCUGCUUACUGUCAACAGCAGGAACUCCAGUUCCGCAGCGGAAGCGGUUUCCACCCUGGCUUUCGUUCCAGCCAGCGCUCCCCUGGACACCACAGAGCUCGAAGACCUGCAGGACUUUGUGUCGAGAUCUAAAAGGCUGUUUGUAAUCACCGGAGCCGGAGUCUCGACGGAAUCCGGAAUCCCAGAUUACCGCUCGGAGGGAGUCGGUCUUUACGCCAGGACUGAGCGGCGACCGAUCCAGCACACAGACUUCUUGAAGAGCGCAAAGGCGCGCCAGCGGUACUGGGCGCGGAAUUUCGUCGGCUGGCCACAGUUCUCGUCUCAUCACCCUAACCGUGCGCAUGUGGCCCUGAGCAACUGGGAGAGGCUGGGCAAGCUGCACUGGCUGGUAACGCAGAACGUAGACGCUCUGCACUCCAAAGCAGGGCACCAGCGAGUGACGGAGCUCCACGGCUGUGCACACAGGGUGGUGUGCCUGGGCUGCGGGGCUCUGACUGCCAGGUCUGAGCUCCAGCACCGCUUCACCUCUCUGAACCCCGGCUGGAGCCAGGAGGCUGGGGGCGUGGCUCCUGACGGGGACGUGUUCCUGACGGACGAGCAGGUGCAGCACUUCCGGGUCCCCGGGUGCGAGGGCUGCGGGGCGGUCCUCAAGCCCGACGUCACGUUCUUCGGGGACACCGUGGACAGGGACAAAGUGAGACACGUCCACGAGCGCCUGGCGGAGGCCGACGCGCUGCUGGUGGCCGGCUCAUCCCUCCAGGUUUACUCCGGCUACAGGUUCCUUCUUGCAGCUCAUGAGAAGAAGCUCCCGAUAGCGAUCGUGAACAUCGGGCUAACCAGAGCGGAGCACAUGGCCUGGGUCAGACUCAGCGCUCGCUGUGGGGAGGUGCUGCCCUGCAUCCUGCCUCUUUCACAAUGAUACUAUUAAAGAAGGGUGCUUUUGAAUGGCCUCUGUAUUUUAGGAUUGACUUGGCUGUUGAGGCUGCCGUAGCCAUGUUGAUUGAACACUAACUGAAUAAGACUUAAAAUACUUCAUAGGGCAGUCACAUGCUGUUCGUUGCUGAAUAGCUGUGCUGCUGUGGACACAGCCUGUAUGACAGCAUCAGGUUUAUUGCGCUGUAUGCAGAUUCUGUUGUGAGUAGAGGUAUUGGGGAAUAUACCAAACCCACAUAGAAGAAAGUGGUAGGGCUGUGAGAUCCACAGUCAUGUAAUAAAACACAACCGGGACGAGAUCUGCAUUAG